AAUGAUGCACUACCGAGAACCGACACCACUAGAUUGUGGAGUACAACAAUCAAGUCCUUGUCGAAACUCAACUCCUAAAAAAUCAUUGUAUUACGAUCCGGGUGAUCCUGAUGAAGUGGACACUGGGAUGAGAAAUAUUGUCUAUGAAAAUGAUCGCGUCAGAAAUGAUUUAUUGGAUGAGAUAUGUAAGGAUAUCGGCAUUAAGGAUUCUAUGGAUUUGGAUUUCAUUGAUUUAAAUCCAAAGAUCGCUCCAUCUGGAACAAAUAACAACGGAGUAGGAGGACACAAAGAAGAUGAUCUUGAUGAAAUCAUACCAUUUGGCGUCAACGACUGUCAUGAGGACCAUUAUAGAACUCCCGUGAGGCACAAGAUCUUGCAUAAAACCAACCAUGAUUACAGCCCCUAUGCUAGAACAUCGUGUCAGCAAACUUCUGUUGGUGCGGCUAUGCCGACCCCAUUAACUGUGCAACAACAAUUUAUGCAAAAAUUGAUUUGUGACGAGUCACCCGCAUUUCGGUCACAUCCUUUGUUUCCUUUACUUCGGGACUUGGUCUUAGCUGACAUGAAUUUUUCACUCCCUACCUUUCCAAGACAAUUAAUUGCAAAUUUACCUGCCGACUUCGAAAGAUUGUUAAGAAACUUUGUUAUGCGUAAUAGGACUUCUGAGAGCAGUGGAAAUUCCAGUGUUGACAAUGUUCUUAUGGAUGCAUUACGAUAUGCCCACCAAUCUCUAAUAACUAAAAUACAAAAGGUACGAACUCAACAGUUACCUCCUGUGCCCCAACCACCACCAUUAUCAGUACUUCAAGGUCCAGCCACACCACAGAACGGACCUAUGCCAUCUCAGCAGGCUCUUCCAGUUCCUCAGAUGCCACCUCAACAUGCUCCUUUAGAUCCGGCGCCCCCUUCACAAUGCCAAAUCGCAGCAGCAUCUCCUUUGUCUCCAUGCCAUGGUGGAUUGCCUCCUACUCAUUAUGGAGAGAAUUACCCACCCCCGCCUCCACCACCACAGCCGGGUCCCCCCAUGCAUCAAAUACCAGGCAAUCCAGGAUCACCUUCUAUGCAUCACCCUCUCUCUGGAUCCCCCUUGCAUAUGCCACCGAUGCCUGGAUCUCCAAUGCAUCGAAAUCCUCGAGCCUGCUAUAACGAACCACCUUAUAAUAUGUAUGGGGGUAUUGAGUAUAGUAUGAAUAGUGAAUUACAGCCGAAACAACCUGGAAAGAAAGCUGUACUACCUAAAGAGAAAAAAGAACAGGAGCUAAAAGAGGAAAAAUCUGAAAAGAAACCUAUUAGUUGUUAA